GAUUGAGCGCCUUUUCGCCCAGACCUGUCAGCGCUCCGGCGGGUGGCGCCUCCUCCCUGCUAUAAAUCCGCAGCGCUAACUCCAUCCAGCGCUCCCUCCACCACGCUCCCUGCACGCUGCGCGCUCGAGCGGCUCAAAGCGAGAGGAUGACCGCAGACUAGAUAAGAGUCCGUCCCUGUCCUUCUCUUUAUCUCUAUCUCUCUCUAUCCCUCUAUCUGUACUUAUCUAUUUCUGACCACCAGAAACAACCCUUGCAUGCUCCUCUCAGUUCCUCCUCCACCACCAGCAGCAGCAGCAGCAGCAGCCAGACCAGCCCCCUCACCACCAGCUACCACCAUCUCCAGCAGCAGCAGCACCAGCUCGUAAAUUGGAGUUUCGUCUGGAGGAAAGAUGAAGGCUACCGCUCCUCUUCGCCCCCACAAGGACUCCACCACCAUCACCAGCACCAGCAUGCGCCCUCCCCACUGCGCCACCAUCACCACUACACCGGAGGAGGAGGAAGAGGACCUGCUGUGUCUUCAUCACGACAUGAACGACUGCUACAGCCGCCUGAGGCGCCUGGUGCCCACCAUUCCGCCGCACAAGAAAGUCAGCCGGGUGGAGAUCCUCCAGCAUGUCAUCGACUACAUCCUGGACCUGCAGCUGGCCCUGGACGCGCAGCCGGCCCUCUGGAGGCCCGUCUCCACCCGCACGCCCCUGGCCGUGCUCAACACGGAGCAGAUAACGACAGUGGUCAAUAAACAGGAGGACUCAAUUUUGUGCCGCUGAAUUGUGUAUCCAAAUGGUGUGCAGUGAGCCCGUCCAAAGCCAAGCCGAGCUUCGGCAGGGAAUCCGACACACACCAGGCCCAAUCACAACGAGGGAUUGCAAAGCAGUCCUAAAACUAAUGGCUACUAAAACCAUAACAUAUAAACAUUUCAGUGUUAACCGUCAGCGACGGCUGAGGCGGCCAGCUCUCUUCUCCCUUCAGUCGGCUCUGUCUCAGUGAAGGAGAAAAGCUCGAUUUGGACAAAGAAUCUCUCGCUGUGUCUCUCUGUGUGUCUCUCUUUCUCUCUCGCUCUCUGUCUCUCUCUCUCUGUCUCUCUCUUUCUGUCUCUCUCUCUCUAGCAGUGCUGAGAGCGGCCAUUCGAUUGACUCAAAAGACACACAGGAUAAAAACCUCUUGUCCAGUUUUUACUAAGAAAUGCCAGACUGUAAAGCUUUACGAAUAACAUUGAACCUUAAAAAUCUUCUGACAUCUAUUGUUAAAAAUAGGUGAUUUGUGUUCAACAGAGAUUUCUCUGCGAUUAAAACUGUUUAAUAUUGUAAAGAAGGAAAAUAUGUGUUGACGAAUAAUGCUGUAAAUAAUAAUGGGGGAAAAAAUCGGAUGUUCUAUAAAUGUAUGCGGAAAAAAUAUCUAUAUGCCCAGACUAUUGUAAUUAUAAGAUAUUUUUUAUUGAAAGGUUUUUGUUUUGUAAAUAUUGUGUUUUCACUUAUGUGUAGUGAAUAAAUACUUGAUUGUUCUGCUAAUAAAGAUCACGCGUCAUUAAGCUAA